UUCAUUUUAGCACCUCUUUUUCAUUUGAUAACUUAAGCGCCUCCGUAACGUUGGCAAUGUAUGCAGGAGAAUCUACAAGCUGAAAACCAAUCCGAAUAAACUUCCAUGCACCAUUGUACCUUAAUAGUAUGAUCAAAAAACAAUAAACUUGCAUGCACCAUUGUAUUGUACCUUAAUAUUAUCGAAACAACUCAAUGAACUUACAUCCUCAAAAUCUGCUAGGAAGUUUACUCGAAUCAGCUGUUUCAACUCGUUGUUCAAUCCUUGGUCGUGCUGUUCAUGCACACAUCAUCAGAACCCAUGACACCCCUCUCCCAUCUUUCCUCUCCAACCACCUCGUCAACAUGUACUCCAAACUCGACCUUAUCAACUCAGCUCAACUCGUUCUCUCACACGCUCACCUCCCCACCGUUGUUACUUGGACCUCUCUCAUCUCUGGUUGCGUCCAUAACCGUCGUUUCCAUGCUGCUAUUCUCCAUUUCACCAACAUGCGUCGUGACUCCGUUUAUCCUAACGACUUCACGUAUCCUUGUGUUUUCAAAGCUUCGGCUUCGUUGAACAUGCCAUUGACUGGUAAACAAGUUCAUGCUCUUGCGUUUAAAGGUGGGCAAAUAUAUGAUGUGUUUGUUGGAUGCAGUGCUUUUGACAUGUAUAGUAAAACUGGGCUUCGUGUUGAUGCCUGCAAGAUGUUUGAUGAAAUGCCUCAUAGAAACUUGGCUACGUGGAAUGCUUAUAUUUCUAAUGCGGUUCAUGAUGGGCGGUGUAUGGAUGCGAUUACGGCGUUUAAAGAGUUUCUUUGUGUGCAUGGAGAGGCGAAUUCGAUUACGUUUUGUGCGUUUUUGAAUGCGUGUGUUGAUAUGUUGAGGUUGAAUCUUGGGCGGCAGUUACAUUCGUUUAUAGUUCGGUUUGGAUACAAAGAGGAUGUUUCGGUUGCUAAUGGGCUUAUUGAUUUUUAUGGAAAAUGUGGGGAUGUUGUAUCUUCUGAAAUGGUUUUUAGUAGAAUUGGGAGGAAGAAUGUUGUUUCGUGGUGCUCUAUGCUUGCUGCUCUUGUGCAAAACCAUGAGGAAGAGAGGGCUUGUAUGGUUUUCUUGCAGGCAAGGAAAGAAGUUGAGCCAACAGAUUUCAUGAUAUCGAGUAUGCUCAGUGCUUGUGCUGAGCUUGGAGAACUUGAAUUAGGUAGGUCAGUUCAUGCUCUUGCUGUCAAGGCAUGUGUUGAAGAGAAUAUAUUUGUUGGGAGUGCACUUGUUGACUUGUAUGGAAAAUGUGGAAGCAUAGAGAAUGCUGAGCAAGUUUUCAAUGAAAUGCCUGAAAGGAACCUAGUCACAUGGAAUGCAAUGAUAGGUGGAUAUGCACAUCAAGGUGACGUUGACAUGGCUUUGCGUCUAUUUGAGGAGAUGACAUUGGGUGGCCGUGGUAUUGCGCCAAGUUAUGUGACUCUAGUUUCUGUACUCUCAGCAUGUAGUAGAGCUGGGUCAGUAAAGAGAGGCAUGGAGAUAUUUGAAUCAAUGAGAUUGAACUAUGGGAUUGUACCAGGUGCUGAGCAUUAUGCUUGUAUUGUGGACCUUCUAGGGAGAUCUGGUUUGGUGGACCGCGCUUAUGAAUUUAUUCAAAAUAUGCCGAUUCAGCCCACUAUUUCAGUUUGGGGAGCUUUACUCGGGGCUUGUAGGAUGCACGGGAAAACAAAAUUGGGAAAAAUCGCAGCUGAAAAAUUAUUUGAGCUCGAUCAUGUUGACUCUGGCAACCAUGUAGUUCUUUCUAAUAUGCUUGCAUCUGCUGGCAGAUGGGAAGAAGCCACUGUUGUCAGGAAGGAAAUGAAAGACAUUGGUAUUAAGAAAAAUGUUGGCUAUAGUUGGAUUGCUGUAAAGAACAGAACCCAUGUUUUCCAAGCAAAGGAUAGUUCCCAUGAAAGGAACUCUGAAAUUCAGGCUAUGCUAGGUAAACUCAGAGGGGAGAUGAAGGAGGCCGGGUACGUUCCUGAUGCCAAUCUAUCACUCUUUGAUUUAGAAGAUGAAGAAAAAGCUUCGGAAGUGUGGUACCACAGUGAAAAAAUUGCUCUUGCUUUUGGUCUCAUAGCUCUGCCUCAAGGAGUGCCUAUAAGGAUCACGAAAAAUCUUAGGAUUUGUGGAGAUUGUCAUAGUGCCAUUAAGUUCAUCUCCAGAAUUGUUGGAAGAGAAAUUAUUGUGAGAGAUAAUCAUCGUUUUCAUCGCUUUAAGGAUGGUUGUUGUUCUUGUAAAGACUAUUGGUAAUACUUUUUUUGUUAUAUUUAUUCAUACAUUCCUCAAAAGAUAUAGCAAAACAGAAAAGCAGAAGAAAAGGAGAGAAAAUAUUCUUACUUGUAGUUGUAAAAGUGUCAUUUGCACCCCAUUUUUCUAUUAUUAUUUAACACCACCUGUUCGUAUCGGCCAAAGGUCCAAUAGCAUAAGGUUCAUUUAUCCAAUCUGCUCCAUUGAGCUCAAGAUAUAAAUGCCUUCACAAAGGCUUUUUAGGUACACGAUCUCUAGUCUCCACUUUCAUUAUCUUGAACCCUAAACUACUGACUUGAGCGUUGGAGUGUUAACCAUGCAGGUACCCUCCAUUGAUCUGUCGUAUCGGAGAUUAACCAUGCUGAUUCAAAAUCAACUUCGGUUAACGACGUCGAGUCAAGAUCAACGUCUCCGGUUCAAGAAGCAUUGUGAUCGCAACCUCCAUGCACGGUGCCGCAUCACAUAAUUACUCAGGAAGAUUAAUGUCAAAGGCUGGAAUUUCGAGCUUGUACCAUUUGGUGCUGGACGACGAAUAUGCCCCGGCUUAAUUCUUGCUAAUAGGAUGCUGCUAUUAAUGUUGGGAUCAUUGGUCAACUCAUUCGAUUGGAAGCUUGAAGGUAACAUGAAACCAGAAAACAUGAACAUGGAUGAUAAAUUCGGCAUUACCUUGCAAAAGGAUCAACCCCUUCGAGUUGUUCACGUCCGAAUAAGCAAAUAAAGUGUCAUGAUUCUGUAUUCAUGUGACAAAUGUUACUGCUGCAUACUGCUUCAUACAAUAAUACAACAUUGUUGCUAAUUAUAAAUCAAAAUGAUAUACUAUAUCAGUAUAAAAUGUAAUUGUAAUCAUGAAUAACAAGGAAUCCUGUUGUAAUAUUUAAAAUUAAGAAGUUCCUUUUUAAUUUUUAGUUUUC